UCAUGAGUUACUUCCUGUCUUACUGCAAAGCUCAUGGCGGCGCGCUGCUCACCGGCUACCAGGCCCUGCGCGCCGAGGGCUUUCUGUGCGACGUGACCCUGGAGGCCGAGGGCAGCGAGUUUCCGGCGCACAGGUCGCUCCUCGCGUGUUCCAGCGACUACUUUAGGGCCUUGUUCAAGAGCCACACCAGGGAGUCCCGGGCGCGCGUGAUCCACCUGCAUGUGCCCUCGGCGGCCGGCCUGCAGCGCUUGCUAGACUUCAUCUACACCGCCUGGCUGCCGCUCUCCAUGGACACCGUGGAGGACACGCUGGAGGCCGCCAGCUACCUGCAGGUCACUGAGGCCCUAGGGCUGUGCGGCCGCUACCUGGAGCGCCAGCUGGCCCCGGAGAACUGCUGCUUUGCCGCCAAUAUGGCGGCGCGCUUCGGCCUGGCGCACACGUUGGACGCGGCGGAACGCUGCAUCGUGCGCCACCUGAGGGAGCUGCUGGCGCGCGGCGCGGGCCCUGCAGGGCUGCUGGAGCUCAAUCCCGCGUCUCUCAGGGCCGUGCUGGGUGCCCCCGACGUGGCGCGGGUGCCUGAGGCCCGACUGCUGGGCCUGGCUCUAGCCUGGUUGCGGCAGGAGCCCGAGGCCGAACGCCUGACCCACUGCGCCGCGCUGCUCGAGCGCGUCCGCUUCGGCCUGGUGCCCACCGACGUGCUUCGGCGGGUGUACUCGGGCUCCGGCCUCACGCUGCCCACCCGUGUCAAAGGCCUUAUCAUUCAGGCCCUCAACUACCACACGGCGCCCUCCCGCCAGCCGCUCAUGCAGGGCGAGCAGACCAGCGUCCGGAGCCCCCAAACCCGUAUCUUGUUGGUUGGGGGGCGCAGGGGGCGGGAGGCGGUGACCGAGGAGGUCGUGGUCCCCCGGGAGGCAGUCAGGGGCAGGGGCGCUGCGGCGGCGCCCGAGGAAGAGGAGGAAGAGGAGCAGAUGGAGGAGGAGGAGGAGGAGGAGGAGGAGGAGUGGGAGCUCACCCAGGACGUGGUAGCAUUUGACGUGUACAACCACCGCUGGCGCAGCCUCACACGACUGCCCGUUCCGCUACUGGGGCACAGCGUGUGCGUCGCAGGCAACUUCCUGUUCGUCCUGGGCGGGGAGAGCCCGUCGGGCGAAGCCUCCUCCCCACUAACCGACAGCCCGCCGGCUGUCACAGCACAAGUGCACCGUUACGACCCGCGCUUCCACGCUUGGACAGCGGUGCCGGCUAUGCGGGAAGCGCGGGCCCAUUUCUGGUGCGGCGCCGUGGGCGAGGGGCUCCUGGCUGUCGGGGGCCUGGGUGCGGGCGGCGAAGCGCUGGCUUCGGUGGAGAUGUACGACCUGCGCCGGGACCGCUGGACGGCAGCCGGGGCGCUGCCGCGGGCGCUGCACGGCCACGCGGGAGCCGUCGGGGAUCGCGGCGUCGUGUACAUCUCGGGGGGCAAGGCGGGGAGAGGCGAGGGCGGCGCGAGCAGCCUCCGGGACGUGUUCGCCCUGGGCCCCGGGGAGCAGGCGUGGAGCAAGAGGGCGCCCAUGGGCACGGCCCGCUUCGGGCACCACAUGGCGGCACUGCGCGGCGCGGUGUUCGCCUUUCUGGGGCGCUACGAGCCGUUCUCCGAGAUCGAGCGCUACGAUCCCGGCACCGACCAGUGGACUCGGCUGCGGCCGCUACCCUACGACCGCUUCUGCUACGGGCUGGCGGUGGUGGAGGAGACCGUACUGCUGCUGGGCGGCCUUAAGUGGCGGGCCUCACGCCAGGUGCCUACCCGCAACGUGGUGGGCUAUGACCUCGACCUGGACCGCUGGGAGGACAUUGGCUGCGCAUUGCCCUGGGCCUGGAGUGGCCUGCAGUGCGCAGUCCUGCAACUGGCCGAGGGUGGGGACGAGGAGAGGGAGGAAGAGCCUGGAGAGGCUCCAGAUUUAGUGCUGGGCUUAAUAGGUUAGUGCAGCCUCCAGGCCACGGAGGAGCAAGUCACGCCUGACCAGGCUUACAGAGCAACACGUGGGCUUUUCCCAAGAAUGGGACUCUGAAAGCAGUGGCUUCUGAAGGUUAACGAGGCAAACAAGGACUUGGCCUAAGAGGAACAUUUUCCCUAAAGCUGAGAAUGGGAGACAAGAGGGGUCAAAUUUAGAAAGAUAUAUGAAUCAGCUCCACUGAGCUGGGGAUUUCUAGAAAUUCUCAUGCUUGGCUAGAGAUGGACUUUCGAAAAUAAAAUAUGACCCUAUCUUCCCUCUUAAAGUAGUUCCUAGGUGCUAACCAGUGAUUAUUUUUCUGCCAAACAGCCAAAAAACGUACCAUAAGAAGUUGUAUACAACACCCAGAAAAUUGUUAGCUAUAAAGAGUGUGAUAAAUAGUUCUAGAAGAUGACAUUAUCUCAAUAAAUAGGGAAGGGAAAGUGCCCUGGUUAAACAUCAUGCAAUCAUUGUAGGGAGAACUAUGAUUUUAUGAUCCAGAAUCAUGGUUAUAGCUCUGCUCUGAUGGUUUAAUAUAAAUAUCCAACUGAGAGGGGAAAAAAAUCUCUAAAACAGCACCUUAUUUUUGGAGAAAAUAACAAGUUUUUCUGUCCCUUAUCUUUAUUUACCCUAGUCUGCUUUUGCCCUGGCUUUAGGCAGCUCACUGGUUAAGUUUUAUUUCAGCAGCCGUAAUCAUCAGACUCCUCUGGUUUACUGGAUCAUCUAACAAAAGCGAAACAAAAUCCCAUUUCUUUCAUCCUCUUUAAAUGUUCAUUCAGCCGACAUGUUGUAGGAAUAUUUGUACAAAAGUUUUUUAAACUUAUUUUUGGUGGUACCCCUCCCCUACCCUCUGCCCCACCUUCCCAAAGGAAUCACAGAGAAAGGAAAGAGGAGUAGGUGAAAUUUUAAAGUUCGUGUCAGGUAAGUGGGAAACCAGCUUGAUUUUGUAGGAUCUCAGAGAAGAUUCUUAUAUACACUGGACAGAUGCUUCUUCUGGUUUGUCCUACCAAUGACUUGAAACUGGGGGGUGGGGAGUGGGGAGAAGAUGGCUGUGUGAUUAGGUAACAAAGAAAUGUGGUGAGGACUCUGCAUGAAUAAAAUAGGUGCUUUAUAAGGA